AUGUCUAAAGACCUACCAAAGUUGCCAUCAGCAGUCCUGGUGGAUGGAUUAUUCCUGGUCACCCAGGACCCAGAUGUGAUAAAGAGUUACACCAAGACAAUACUGACACCCAAUGUUGUGGAAUUUGAAAGACUUUUUCAAAAAAUGAUGGGCCACAAACCUGACCCAUUAGAGGCAGUUGAGAAUGUCACCCAGCUGUCCAAGGCCCUUGGGAAUGUCACCAUAGUGCAGAAGGGAGACCAUGAUGUCAUUUCAGAUGGGAAUAAAGUAUUAGUGUGCAGUGCUGAGGGAGGUCCUAGGAGAUGUGGGGGACAGGGAGAUCUCCUCUCAGGAACCAUGGGGACAUUCGUCCAUUGGGCAAACUGGGCUGUUGACAGAAAAGUUGACAAGAUGACGUCCCCAGCGGUCAGCUUGGAUGCAGAGGUGGUCAGUGUGUCAUUCUCCACCUGCCUGUGUCCACUGCUGGUCAGCUUUGAAAUAUUUUAA